GGAUGCUGAGCAGUUACAUCAUUUUAUAUUUGCUAUAAACGGAUUAAUUUUAUAAAAUAAAAUAAAAUUACACUGAGUGGUGAGUACUACAUAGAAAUUGGAGCUAGAUGUGUAUUAUUAUUUCUCUUUAUACGUUAGACACAAACAAAAUAGGAAUACAGAAUAAAACGCUUUCUCCUUUCUUUCUCUCUCACACAGUCACACAGUCGGCCUCUGUUUCCAAGAAUAAAACACUGACGCAAAGUUGAAAAAGUGCCCAGAAAAAUAAGACCUUUCUCUCUGGAACCAACCAGACAAAGCCCACAUGCAAUUCUUCUUCCUCUUCUUCUCCUCCAUUUUCUAGCUUCAAUCCAAUCCAUUUCUUUCAUUUCUCAGCUUUCUUGUAGCUGCCUCAUUUGCUGGGUUUGUUCUGGGGUGCGAGCAAGAAAAAAAAAGAAGAAAAAGAUGGUGAAAAAUCACAAGUUCCAGAACCAGCUCCUUUGGAGGAAGGGUGAUGUUUAUAAAGUCGUCGGAGAUGAAGAAGCUCCUUGUCUCAGUUUAGUCUAUGGUGGAAACUCUUUUGUUAAUGGCAAGAAAACAGCAAGACCCAAGCUUUUGUACUUCAUGCUCCUCACUUUUCUCUAUUGCUGUUUGAUUUUAACACCUCAGUACUUGACUUCCAGACCCACACUUUCCCUCCUUUAUUCAUUUGGUGUUGAAGAUGGUCGAUUUUUCCCGGAUGCUGAUUUUCCAGGUUACCUUUGUGUAGAUGUGGUUAACGGUGAGUUUCUUGCCCUUUUCUUCCCCCUUCCCCCUGUUUUGACGAAGAAAACCUGGAUUUUUUGUUUUUUUGAGUGGUGGGGUUGGGAGGGAAAGUUCGAUUUUGUUUUCUGAAUUGGAAAAUAUUGUUAAUGGAAAUCUCUUUUGCUUUCUUCCUUAGUGGGUUCUCUUCUUUUGAAGAGUAAUCAUGUUUGGCAUGUUCUUCCUGUAUGCUGCCUUUAUCCAGCCUUUUGUUUUUCCAUCAUUAAUCUCUUCUCCGGCUGUUUGGCCUUUUGAUGAUUCAGGCCGGAUUCAUGAACUCUGUAGUCCUGUAAACUUUGAGUACUUACUGCACCCUUAUUUUCUAAAAUGUCAUGAUGAUCUUUUUGCAAUCCGUUGAGAUUUUUGCCAAAUUUAAUGUUAUUGCACAAAAGCUUAGUAAAUUUAAUCUGUAAAGUGGGAUAUUUGAAGCUAUCCUUUGUUAUUAAGUUGUUUCUCAAAGAGAUUUUUGUGUAAAUGCAGGGUCAAUUUGUUGUGAUAGGCAUAGCAAUCGGUCUGAUGUUUGCAUUAUGAAAGGGGAUGUAAGAACAGACUCUACAAUUGGUUCAGUCUUCCUCUACAGAGGGAAUAAUAAUUCAAGUGACUAUGCAUCGGGGCCUUCGGUGGAUGGUGAUGACGAUGUUGAUGAGGUUCUUCAACGUGAAAAAAUCAGGCCGUAUACUCGAAAAUGGGAACCAGCUGUGAUGGGAACUGUUCAACAAUUGGAGCUUAUUAUGAAGAAAGGAAAUUCAGGGGAUUCUCACCAUUGUGAUGUGCGACAUAAUGUCACUGCUGUUUUCUUCUCUACUUCUGGGUAUACUGGUAAUCUCUAUCAUGAAUUCAAUGAUGGGAUUAUCCCUCUGUACGUUACUGUUCAGCAUUUGAAAAAGCAGGUUAUCUUGGUGGUGGUUGAUUACAAAAAUUGGUGGUAUAUGAAAUAUGCUGAUGUUGUUUCCGAGCUUUCAGAUUAUCCUAUUAUAGAUUUUAGUGGAGAUAACAGAACACAUUGCUUUCCUGAAGCCAUAGUUGGGUUAAGAAUUCAUGACGAUCUCCAUAUUGACCCUUCAUUGAUGGAAGGAAAUAGAACCAUCCGGGACUUCAGAAAUCUUCUAGACCGAGCAUAUUGGCCUCGAAUCAAGGGUCUGAUUGAAGAUGAAGAGCGUGAAGCAGCUGAGUUGCUGGCAUUAGCACCUCCGUCAGAACAGAUGCUGAAACAGAAGUCAGAUUUUCAGACAAAACCGAAGCUAGUCAUAAUAUCCCGGAAUGGGUCCAGAGAAAUUACUAACCAAGAUGCAAUGAUUGAAUUGGCAGAAGAAAUCGGGUUUUCAGUGGAAAUAGUGGUACCCGAUAAGACUUCAGAACUCGCAAAGAUUUACAGAGAACUCAAUUCAAGUGAUGUUUUGAUUGGAGUCCAUGGUGCUGCAUUGACUCAUUUCCUGUUCAUGAAGCCUGGUUCUGUUUUCAUCCAGGUCAGCGUUCUUGGAACAGAGUGGGCAUCAGACAAAUAUUUUGGCUCAACAGCUGUGAAAUUUGGGUUGAAAUAUGUUGGAUACCAGAUUCUCCCCGAGGAGAGCUCACUAUAUGAUAGUUACGCGAAAGAUGACCCUGUUUUGGUAGAUCCUUAUGCGGUUAACAGGCGAGGUUGGGAAGUAACCAAACAAAUCUAUCUUGAUCACCAGAAUGUGAGGCUGAACUUGAGAAGAUUUGGAAAGGUGUUGUAUCGGGCAUAUUACUAUACUCUGGCAAAAAGGAAAGGCCGUGUUCUUCCUCUUGAUUUGCAAUAGUUUACCUUGGACAUGGGACUUUCUCUCUUCAACAUUAUAGAUGAAUGAUACUGUGCAAGUUAGGUUGGAGAGAGAGAUCUUCUUGUAAAUGUAAGCAGGAACUUGCUUCCUUUUGGUAAAUAACUAGUUAAUUCAUUUCAAAGCUCAAUUGAUUUUUUCUUGCCUUUUCUUUUUCCCCUAGUUGUGUUUAAGUAGUCUCCUUGUGGUUAAUGUGCAUCCCCUGUACAAGUUUUUUUUUUCUUAUAUAUACAAAGAAUAGCAAGUAUUUGGAUUUCUCAACUUUAUUAUCUGAUGAUUUCGAAUGGAUAGUUUUAAUCUCUACAAUUUCUCGAUUUUUAACUAUGAACAACAAGGCAGACAAAUCAGGGAGCUUUGACUUUGAGGUGUGUGAAAAGGAAAUUAGAAGGAUCAUCAAACAUGUAAUCAGGGAAAUUGGUGGGCCAAUUAUGCUGUGAAAUGUUGGUGAAAUCUACUUUAAUUUUGACG